ACUAAAUCCGAUUUGAUUGCUUGACAAUGCCUCGUCUCUUUCUCAUCAUCGGCUUCGCUCUGGCUAUUCUGGCUGCAGCCAACGGAGCAUUGUUUCGAGGACUUGGUGAGUAAAAGAUAGGUUCAAAUUAUUUCUCAUCUUUCUUAAAUAUCUUUAUUGACAGUCAAUAUAGUACAUACAUUUCGUCUGUAUAACAUAUUACGGAAUUUUUGUGGAAUGGAAACACAAAGUUUUAAUAGAGACUUCAACAUAUUAUCAUAAAUAUAAUGCAAUGAACAUUAAAAAAAUAAUACUAAAAAGAGUGUAAAUAUAGCAUAAUGAACAUAAAGUCAAAACAUAAAUUUGUAAAAAUAAUGUACCAAACAGAAAGUCGUAAAGAUACUGUCGUAGUUCGUGUCUCAGUUUUUUUCGUUGUUUCAUAUGACGUCACGGAUUCCUCGCAUUUAUAAGCUAAAAUAAAAUGAUGUCACGACAAGUUGUCGUUUACAUGGGCUCCUUGUUUCCAUGGCAACAACGAAAGCUGCUGAGAUGAUGAGGGACCUAUGGAUAACAUUGGUUUCUUGGCUAACAAAUUGUUUUGUUGACUUCUAGUCCCCGUUAGUUUUCUAAACACGAAAUGUCGAACUUGAUUUGGUCAUUAGAUAAAAUAUUUUGAAACAAAUGUGUACAUUAUGUAUAUACAAAUCCAAUUUUAGUAAACAAUUUGUAAAAUAAAAGUAAAUAUAAUACAGCAUGUGACAAACUUAACAGAGCUGUAAUUCGGGCAUCUUGCUGAACAAACGCGCCUUUCAUCAAUUGGGCUUAGAUCCACCCACCACGUGUUCCCAGUAGUGAAAUGGAAGAUAUGUUGUGAAGCUGUUGUGGGAAAUGGAUCUCACGUCAGAUCUCACUUGUAUUCAAAGUUGAGUAUCAUUUCUGCCUACACCAGCGGUUCUCAGCCUGUGGGUCGCGACUCCUUUGGUGGUCGCACGACCCUUUCCAAGGGGCCUCCUAGGACCACCUGAAAACCCAUGCGCUCUACCGCUAUGAAGUAUCAAUGGCUGGAGGUCACCACAACAUGAGGAACUGUAUUAAAGGGUCGCGGCAUUAGGAAGGUUGAGAACCACUGGGCUUACACGGAAGCGAUGGUGGGAAAAAAAGGUGGGGCAUGAGUUUAGAAAAGUCCGGAGAACAAUGCCGAGAGGAGAUUUAAUAAGAUGGCUCCGAAUUGCUAAGUUACGAAACUUCGCCGUUCUUUAAGUGUACUGUGUCAACCGAGGGAGAAGUUUGGUUGAACAGUAAGUGUUUCACUAAAUGAGAAUGACCCACAUGUUCUUCAGGAGCGUUGAAUCAGUCCCGACGCAUUGCACGAGUAACGGUUUGGGGGAUUGCAAUGUUCUUAACGUCACUCGAUAACGCUGUAGCGGCAGGGUUUUCGGGCCGUUUAUUCAGUUUUAAUGGGGUUCUGUCGUGUGAAGGCAUUCCCGUAAAUAGACAGUGGUAUCAACAGUGGUAUCAACAGUGGUAUCAACAGUGGUAUCAACAGAGGCAUCAACAGUGGCGUCAACAGUGGCAUCAACAGUGGCGUCAACAGUGGCAUCAACAGUGGUAUCAACAGUGGUAUCAACAGUGGUAUCAACAGUGGUAUCAACAGUGGUAUCAACAGUGGUAUCAACAAGGGCUUAAACAGUGGUUUAAAAAGUGGUGUAAUCAGUGGUAUCAACAGUGGUAUCAACAGUGGUAUCAACAGCGGUAUCAACAGUGGUAUCAACAGUGGUAUCAACAGUGGUAUCAACAAGGGCUUGAACAGUGGUUUAAACAGUGGUGUGUAAUCAGUGGUAAAAACAGAUCAGCAGAUUGAGGCGACCAGCCGUACCGCUUGAUGAUCUCUAGCUAGGCUGCUGCAAAACUUUCCAGGAGGAAUCAUAUCACAUGACAGUGACUUUGCUUACUCCUCCAAUUUUCCGGAUCUUACGCCUAAUGUGGGGAAGGUUUAAGGAGACCUGGAUAAUUCCCCCAAAGAAUUGAGCCUGCAAUGAACAAGAAAAUGGCCGCCUUGUGCAGGAGUCUGACAUCAUCUUCGUCCGAGUUAAGUUUGAGAAUCUGCUUGAUGGAUAGGAUAACUGCCUAAGGCGGUGCACACUUUGAACCAAUUACCUAAAGUUUUUUUUUUACCCUCCCCCCCCCCCCCAAAAAAAAAAAAAAAAAAAAAAAAAAAAAAAAAAAAAACAAAAAAAAACGAAAUAGUGAAAGUGCUUAAAUAGGAUCUCCAUAAUAAUGGCAAGAUGAAUAAGUUUUCGUUUUAUUAAAUAGUUGGGUGUCGGUGUCAUCUGUUUAGUUUUUCAACUGAAACAAAUUGUUUCAAAAAUUAAAUUUCAUCACUGACCAGCACCCACCCACACCACCAUUCAUUUUUUUUUAAAAAUAUGUUUGUUCGGUAUGUCACAGACUAAAUCAUAUGUCGCUCUAUAAUCUUUUAACUGUUAGGAAACACUGCAGUAGGUCUACCUUGGUAAAUCGACGAACAACGAAAUUUUUAUGUUAUUGCUUUCAUGAGAAAUACAUUCACAGAUGACAGCCAGGGAAUAGUGUUCCCCCUUUCGUGUCAUUAAUGUAUUUUCGGCACAUACCGUGUAUGUUAAAAGAAAUAUAUUGAUACCACGUUUAAAGCAAAUGUUUUCAAAACAACUCAUGACACAAAUGUUUGUGUCACGGCCAAGUCACAGCAAAUAAAUCUUUUCACUAAAUGUGUCUUUAAACAAAUUUUGGGUUUUGCUCUAUUGUUUUAAAAUUAUUUGUGCAGCUCCGUGUCCUGACAAUAACGUGGCUGGAGGCACGUGGUAUCCGGAAGGUUGCAUGAAAUGUAAAUGUUACGCAAAAAGCUAUGUGUGUGAAAGGUAAUGGAUAUACAAAUUAAGAUUAAUAAAUCUGUAUUAUAUAUACAAUUUAUAAGAUAAUAGAUAUAUAUAUAUAUAUAAGAGAUAUUUAUAAAUCCUUGUAAAUAGAAGAGUCCAUGUUCCUUCCUUUCAGCUGCGGCGCCUUUGCAUUAGACUACAACAAAAGCCAGUGCUAUGAAGAACCCAAUGCUGGCGGUCCAUACCCAGACUGCUGCCUGCCUACAGUUGUGUGUGUUGAGGAUCCUGGCUUUGACUCCAGCAAACUAGCUAAUCCACCCCUUGAGAUUGAUCCACCCGUCGUGGUGGAAGCAGCAAGAUAAAAACCGAAGUGGUUAAUGUAUCUUGGCAUCCUGCCUCCACCCCUCCCCCCACCCCCCCCCCCUCCAAUACCAGAGAAUCAGUACAACUCCGCCUUUCUUACAGUUACCGACUCACUCCUUAAACACGCCCAAAUCGUAGCACCAAAAAUAAAGCCAAAUCCUUUCACACCUUUUUUUUUUAAUUUUUUUUUUUUUUAAAAAUCAAUACAACAAUCACAUUCCUCUUUUACGAUAUUACUAUUUUUUUAAAAAUGACUUUGGAAUAAUAAAACUGUUCGUUUGCCAUACUAUCUGCACUAUAAUUUAUUAUUAAUCCUUUUUUCCACUUGAUAAAGCCAUUUAAGCAGUAAAUUAGUUUUGUCCUUUACUGCAACCAAUUUUUCCAAUUGAUAAUUGAUUUACCAAUUACUUGACUAACAAAAUGCUCACAAUUUUUAGACCGAGUUCUAAACAAUAAUAGUUGCAAAACCCGUUGAAGAUAUUCUUGUGAGGGGGGAAAAUGAAUUAAAGUUCAUGACGUUAUCUUAUG